AAACUAUUUUUUAUUGUUAAAACCUUCCUCCUUCCCGCUUCGUGUCUCUCUCUUUCCUCUCUCUCUCUCCUCUCUCAGUCCGGCUAAAGUAUCUUCUCUCCUACAUCAAGUUCCGUUCGAUCAUCGUCACAGUGUUUCUCUCCCUCUCGUCGUCGUCCCCAAUCCCGAAUAACUCUCUGAUAUCCGUCGUGGAUGGGGUGGUGGGCUGACGGUCACCCCGGCAUCCACCCAGGGGCCGGGUAGCACCCUAAUUUUAGCAUCCCGAGAGUUUGCUAGAGGAUCUGCGUGAUUGGCGGUCGAGCGAAAUAGAAUCAUUUUCGCUAUGCGCGCUCUGGACAUGGAGGUGGAGCGACUUUUCGCUACUUAAAUACCCUGCGAUUUCUGCACCAUCAUUAUUCCAACAAAUUUUAAUCAAUCCUCCACUACUCCCUAGAUUCAUCUCUGGUUGGCAAUAAAUCGGGUUCUCAAUCACGUUUUCUUUGCUUAUAUCUUUAAGUGACAUUGAAGAUGCCUCCUGGUCGCAAGUCCACUAGGCAUCAGCCUGCUGAGUCUCUAGCUCGUGAAGUUGCUCGGUUUUAUGAUGCUAAGGCUCAGGAAUUGUGGGGCACUAAAUUUCAUGAUCGUCCUCUCCUUAUUGAGCGGAAUGUCAUCUUGAGUGAGCUCAACCACACACCUGUUCCAAACAUCAUUCGUGAACGUGGUUGGGAAAAUUUAGUGACCAAUUUACCACGCCACUCUAAGAAUUUAGUUGAGGAAUUUUAUGCCAACAUUCAUGCUAUUGGGGAUGACUAUUCCUUCACUACUUUACUUAGAGGUGUCACGAUUAGGGUGACACCUUCUUUGAUCUCUUCCAUUCAUAGAGUUCCUAGGGUCGAGCAUUCUGACUAUCCAUAUGAUCCCUCGUCUCCGUUAUGCCCAUCCAAACCUGUCAUGGCUACUCUCUUUUGUGCUAAUGACGGAUCUUGGGAUUCUGGCAGUAAUAUCAUUUAUACUUCUCGAUUUACAGAUGAUACACUUGCCCUAUGUCAUGUUAUGUUUUACAACCUGUUUCCCAUUCGACAUACUAGUGACAUUGGGGUGACUAGGGCUAGAUUUCUAUAUGCUUUGUUGACAGGUGUUCCAAUUGAUUUUGGAAGACACUUUUGUUCUGUCAUUCUAGAGGCAUUUGAGACAAAAGCAAAACGUAAGUGUCUUCCUUUUCCGUGUUUGAUCACCCUGAUAGCUCUAGCUCAUCAGGUUCCUCUGCCUCGUAAUGAUCCUAUUGUUAGCCAUACGACAGCUAUUGGGAAUAGCACCCUACAGCUGAGUCUUUCUCAUCUUAAAAGAGCAGCACCUCCUAGGCCAAAUGUGCAUAAUCUUAAAAGAGCCGCACCUCCUAGGCCCAAUGUGCAUAAGGAGGUGACACAGCUUGCUCCUGCACUUGAGAUACCUUCUUCAACUUCUGAUGGUCCUUCUACUUCGACUGCACCUGCCCUUGUGACCUUGCAAACUGUGAUGGAGUUCAUAGUUGGCAUGGAGGAACGAUUGUCAGCGCGCCUUGAUUGCUUAGAGCAGCGCCAGAGUAGACUAGAGCAACGCCAGAGUAGACUAGAGCAGGAUGUGCGUACCAUACCCUCUCUGGCAGAUAGAUAGUUGCAAACUCAGUUGUGCCAGAUGGUACCAAUGAGCUUAGUAGCUACAUUUUACCCUUUUGUAAUAAUGUGACAAAAAGGAUAUUUUUUUAUGAGCAAUGACAAAAGGAGGAGAGUUUUUGUAAAGUUGAUCUAGGGAGAUAUUCAGGGGUAGAGUACUUGAGAGUUGAGAUGUAUAGAUCUUUGAUGAUUUGAUCUCUAAAGUCUGGUCUUUUAUUGAUUUACUUUCAUGUAUGAACUAAUAUGAUAUGUUUGUCAGCAUG